AUGCAGCGCCAGCGCUGCCGCCGCCGGGCAGGCGCUCCGCCGCGCCCCGAGCUGCCGCUGGGCCUCUGGCUGCUCAAGCACACCCAGCGCAUCGUCGCGGCCACCGCCGCCGGCGCACUCGUCCACCUCCGCUGCAGCAGCCACAGCGUCUACUACCUCACUGCCGCGCUCGCCACCGCCCUCCUCGCCAAGGCACUCAAGCAGCUCAUCCGCCAGCCGCGCCCCCAGCACGCCAAUACGUGCCAGCCGCCGACGCAUGGCAUGCCCUCAACACAUAGCGCCACAAUCACCUUCAUGGGCCUCUACCUGGUCCUUGGCGCACGCGGCACCAUCCCCGCCGCCGCCACGGCGCUCGGCCUGCUUCUCCCGCCGGCGGUGAUGUGGUCGCGUGUGCACCUCGGCUUGCACACGCCCACGCAGACACUCGCGGGCGCCGCGCUCGGCGCGUCCACCGCCGCCGCCGCCUUCCUCCUCUGGCAUGGUGGCGGCUCGGCAUACACUACUGGCGUCCGCGACGCCGUCGUGCGGCGCGUCGAUCCACUCGUGCGCAGCGUGCACGCCCGCGCAGGCCGCGGGCAUGCACACGCGCUGUAG